UCUUGCAUUGUGUCGUAGCGCUCGCAAGUUGCGGGAAAUGGCGACGGCAGUGAGGUGCUUGCUCACGGUCGCCGUGGUGCUGUCUCCCCUGCUCGCCGGCGGCGCCGCCGGCGGGCCGCUGUCGACGAGCUUCUACAGCAAGAGGUGCCCGAGCGUGCAGGGCAUCGUGCGGGCGGGGAUGGCGUCCGCCGUGGCGGCGGAGCGGCGCAUGGGCGCGUCCAUCCUCCGCAUGUUCUUCCACGACUGCUUCGUCAAUGGCUGCGACGCGUCCAUCCUGCUCGACGACACGCCGACCUUCACCGGCGAGAAGAACGCCGGGCCCAACGCCAACUCCGUGCGCGGGUACGAGGUCAUCGACGCCAUCAAAGCCCAGGUCGAGGCGGCCUGCAACGCUACCGUCUCCUGCGCCGACAUCCUCGCCCUCGCCGCCCGCGACGCCGUCAACCUCCUCGGCGGGCCGACGUGGACGGUGUACCUGGGCCGCCGCGACGCGCUGACGGCGAGCCAGAGCGACGCCAACGCCAACCUCCCCGGCCCGGGCUCCAGCCUCGCCACGCUCGUCUCCAUGUUCGGCAGCAAGGGCCUCUCGCCGCGCGACAUGACGGCGCUCUCCGGCGCGCACACCGUAGGGCAGGCCCGGUGCGCCACGUUCCGCGACCGCGUCCACAACGACGCCAACAUCAACGCCACCUUCGCGUCGCUCCGGCAGCAGACGUGCCCACAGGCCGGCGGCGACGCCGCGCUGGCGCCGAUCGACGCGCAGACCCCCGAGGCGUUCGACAACGCCUACUACCAGAACCUGAUGAGCAGGCAGGGGCUGUUCCACUCGGACCAGGAGCUCUUCAACGGCGGGUCGCAGGACGCGCUGGUGAGGAAGUACAGCGGCAACGCCGGGAUGUUCGCCGCCGACUUCGCCAAGGCGAUGGUGAGGAUGGGCGCCAUCAGCCCGCUCACGGGGGCGCAGGGGGAGGUCAGGCUCAACUGCAGGAAGGUCAACUAGCGUCAACUCCAACUCAGUCGAUCGUUCGGGUUCUGAUUACCCCUUGCUACGUGGCAGGAAUACUGCAGUUCUUUAUUGUUUUUUAGCAUUGCAGUUCUUUAAUGUUGGGAAAUGUAAUUUCUACAUGUGAAGUACGUAAGUGCUUUAUCUAGGAACCAAGAAUCUUUUCCUUUCGUCAAAUCUGAAGUGAAAUUCUGAACAGUUCAUUUGCGAAUCUGAGACUAAAAUUAAUA